AUCUCCUGGCGAAUGCUGUCUUCCACAGAUUCAAAAGAAACAUUGGGCAGGGUUAUCUGCGCAUUGCCAAGUUCUCAGGGGAGUGGAAAACAAGAGUUAGAACAUGGACAGCCGCUUACAGGAGAUCCGGGAGCGGCAGAAGCUACGGCGACAGCUUCUCGCGCAGCAGUUGGGAGCUGAAAGUGCUGACAGCAUUGGUGCUGUGUUAAAUAGCAAAGAUGAGCAGAGAGAAAUUGCUGAAACAAGGGAAACUUGCAGGGCUUCCUAUGAUACCUCUGCUCCAAAUACAAAACGUAAAUAUCAAGAUGAAGGAGAGACAGAUGAAGACAAAGUGGAAGACUAUAAGGAUGAACUGGAAACGCAACAGGAGGAAGAAAAUUUGCCAUAUGAAGAAGAGAUUUACAAAGAUUCCAGUACUUUUCUUAAGGGGACACAGAGCUUAAAUCCCCAUAAUGAUUACUGUCAACAUUUUGUAGACACAGGACAUAGACCUCAGAAUUUCAUCAGGGAUGUAGGUUUAGCUGACAGAUUUGAAGAAUACCCUAAACUAAGGGAGCUUAUCAGACUGAAAGAUGAGCUAAUAGCUAAAUCUAACACCCCUCCUAUGUACUUACAAGCAGAUAUAGAAGCUUUUGACAUCAGAGAACUCACACCCAAAUUUGAUGUGAUUCUCCUGGAACCCCCUUUAGAAGAAUAUUACAGAGAAACUGGCAUCACUGCUAAUGAGAAAUGCUGGACUUGGGAUGAUAUUAUGAAAUUAGAAAUUGAUGAAAUUGCAGCACCACGAUCAUUUAUUUUUCUCUGGUGUGGUUCUGGGGAGGGAUUGGACCUUGGAAGGGUGUGUCUACGCAAGUGGGGUUACAGAAGAUGUGAAGAUAUAUGUUGGAUUAAGACCAACAAAAACAAUCCUGGGAAGACUAAAACUUUAGAUCCAAAGGCUGUCUUCCAACGAACCAAGGAGCACUGCCUUAUGGGAAUCAAAGGAACUGUUAAGCGUAGCACAGACGGAGACUUCAUUCAUGCUAAUGUUGACAUUGACUUAAUUAUCACAGAAGAACCUGAAAUUGGCAAUAUAGAAAAACCUGUAGAAAUUUUUCAUAUAAUUGAGCAUUUUUGUCUCGGUAGAAGACGGCUUCAUCUUUUUGGAAGAGAUAGUACCAUUCGACCAGGCUGGCUUACAGUUGGACCAACUCUUACGAAUAGCAACUACAAUGCAGAAACAUAUGCAUCCUACUUCAGCACUCCUAAUUCCUACCUGACUGGAUGUACAGAAGAAAUUGAGAGACUCCGACCGAAAUCACCUCCUCCCAAAUCUAAAUCUGAUCGGGGAGGUGGAGCUCCCAGGGGUGGAGGAAGAGGUGGAACUUCUGCUGGUCGCGGCCGAGAAAGAAAUCGAUCUAACUUCCGAGGAGAAAGAGGUGGCUUUAGAGGGGGCCGUGGAGGAGCUCACAGGGGUGGCUUUCCACCUCGGUAA